GCUGUCGAAGACGAUGCAAAGCAUGGUUGAUAGAGAGCGAGAGUUGUAUGACAAGGUCAAGAAUGCGAGUGGAGGGCUCAUUCUGCACCAGAACCAGAUUGACGAUGCGGGAGCGCAAGUGAUUGCUGAGGCUCUCAGAGUGAACACGGCGCUGACCGGGCUCAAUCUGCCACAGAAUCAGAUUGGUGAUGCUGGAGCGCGUGCCAUUGCUGAAGCACUCAAAGUGAACACGACGCUGAAGGAGCUCAACCUGCGAGAGAAUCAGAUUGGCGCUGCCGGAGCGCAGGCGAUUGCUGAAGCACUCAAGGUGAACACGACACUGGCUGUGCUCAGUUUGUAUCAGAAUCAGAUUGGCGAUGCUGGAGCGCAGGCCAUUGCUGAGGCACUCAGAGAGAACAAGACGCUGAAGGAGCUCUAUUUGUAUCAGAAUCAGAUUGACGAUGCUGGAGCGCACGCGAUUGCUGAGGCACUCAAAGUGAACAAGACGCUGGAGAAGCUCGAUCUGAGAGGCAAUCAGAUUGGUGACAUUGGAGCGCAGGCAAUUGCUGAAGCACUCAUGGUGAACAAACAGCUGUGGUGGCUCGAUAUACGAUUCAAUUUCAUUGGCAAGGCUGGUCUUCAAGCGAUUGGUGAAGCGCGUCAAGUCAACCGUAUUCUGAAGACACUUUUGAUCGACAAGCAGAUCAACCCUCUUGCAUUCUCCUUGCUUCCACGAUUGGCAACUGCUGAAGACCUUCACAACGUGUUUCACUUGCUGGCCAGCGGGCUGGCGCUGGAGGAUCAACCCACAUCUCUACCAGCACUGCCAGCCGAGAUUGCCGAGCUCAUUAUGGACAAAGCGCACUACUGGCAAGGCGUGCAGCAUGCCAAACGAGAAUACUUUCAUGUCGAUACCCCCGACCGCGUUCUGAAAGUCACCGUGCCUCAAGGAAAUUCAAUCCGUGUGAAAGCAAUUCAAGUGCUUCGUGACUGGCGCAAGCGUCCUGACAACACCGGUGUUUGUGUUUUCGAUUUGACUGUCCAAGAUGAACAAGGUGAUGUUCAGUACGAAUGGGCUGUGCACCCGACUGUCGUCGAUUCGAACCUCGAGCUUGUGACCAUCUUGCCAGCGAGUCAUCCUGUCAUCCGACAAAUGCGCGCGGGUUGGCAGGUUCAAGUUCGAGCCAGCAAGUCUCCCUCCGAUGUGCAGUUUGAAUCGCUUUAUGUUGGAUUUGUCUAA